GAGGAGGAGAAGGAGGAAAGACACAUUGCACAUGAUCGAUCAGCAGGAUCUAGACGCAAGGAGGAUGAAGCCAGACUUGAAGCAUUCGGGGCAAUGCGCGCCACAGAGGAAGAGAUCCUGAAGGAGGAACAACCAGCACGAGGGAAUGAAUGUGAUACACCGAUACCCCAUUGGAAAUAUGCUACCUCAGGCGCAGCCACUCUUGAAUACUCCCACUUCAUCUUUCUCAGAAACAACGACGACAGAGGAAGAAGAUUCUCUGGAAGAUCUGACUAAUGAACUCCAGAGAAGAUCGCGCUAUCCGAUCGCUUCCGGAGGCUUUGGAGACAUCUGGAAGUGCGAUUUAGUGAAGCCCAGUGGGACCGUUCAGGUAGCAGUCAAAACCAUUCGUUCUUUCGAGUCAGAUAACAAGGAAUUGACGCGGAAGACUGCGAAGAGAGUGCGUCGUGAGCUGAAAGUUUGGGGCCGUCUCAAACAUCAUAGCAUUCUUCCCCUCUGCGGAGUGGCAAAGGACUUCGGGCCCCACCCGGCAAUGAUUUGUCCGUGGGCUGAUAAUGGAGCUCUUACCGGCUUUCUUGAGCGUCAACAGGCCAUGUUGUCGUCUCAAGAUAAGUUUUCUCCUUCUGAACGACAUUGCGCUUGGAUUGCAAUACCUUCACAAUGAAUCAGUUGUCCAUGGUGACCUGACGGGGGUGUGUAUAGCUACUCACAGAAGGUGUAUUCUUCAUUACUCACGCCUAG